GAUUGUCAAAGCUGGUGUACUGUACACAUAGAAAAACAAAAAUUUCCUUCCAAAAGAUGAUUCGGCUGGAAAAGGACGAGAAAACGCGGCAGUUCUCGUUACUCUCACGCUCAGGCCUCAUAGUGAUUUUGGUGAAUCGCCACUUGGACAUUUCAUGAACCAAGAAACAUGUGUAUAGCGGUGUUCAUUUGGAAUUCUCACCCACUCUAUCCGUUCCUUCUAUUGCUCAACAGGGACGAAUAUCAUACCCGGCCGACUUCGCCACUGGGAUGGUGGGAAGAUGGUGAAAUUCUCGGGGGAAGAGAUGGAGAAGCCGGUGGGACGUGGCUGGCUUGCACGAGGAACGGAAGGCUUGCAUUCGUUACGAAUGUGAGGGAAAUCAAAGCAAAUUUCCAGGGCAAGAGCAGAGGAGACCUCCCUGUUCGGUUCUUGAAGAGCAAAAAUAGUCCUAAAGAAUUUGCGGAUGAACUUAUGGGAGAAGCAGACCAGUACCAUGGGUUCAACUUGAUAGUAGCUGAUCUUUGCUCUAUGACCAUGUUGUAUAUAACCAACAGAACAAAGGACAAUGGCCUAUCAGUAAUAGAAGUUUCCCCUGGUAUUCAUGUUUUAUCAAAUGCAACGCUAGACACUCCAUGGCCCAAGGCUCAAAGGUUGAUGCAUAGUUUCAAGGACAUGCUGGAUAAAUAUGGUGAAGCUGAAAUUUCUAUUGAAGAGAUGACUGCAAAUCUAAUGAGGGACACUACAAAGGAUGAUGAAAGCAGACUGCCUCACAUUUAUCAUCCUGAAUUUGAAUGUCAAUUGAGUUCCAUAUUUGUUGAGGCAGAUACAUCUUUGGGACGUUAUGGCACAAGGAGCACGUCUGCAGUAGUCUUGAGAACAAGUGGGGAUGUGAGCUUUUAUGAAACACAUCUCCAGAAAGAUUUGUGGAAGGAGCAGACAAUUUGCUACCAUAUGGAGAAAGAGAAAGCUACACUUUAACUUGUUCAACCUGUAAGUUAAUCUACUUUGGUUACCCGAAUAAAUGCUUAGCAAAUGCAGAAUUAUGGAUGUUACAUUAGUAAAUAGAAAUAAAAAUCCGCGCAACAUUCAUGUCUCAAUAUAUA